AUGGCGCCACAUGUAAUCGUUGGUCAGGUGCUUGUACCUGUAAUGCUGGUUGGAAUGGCAAGUCAUGUGAUCAACCGUGUUCUAAUCACCGCUACGGAGUGGGUUGUCAACAAAGAUGGCUCUUGUACGUGUCGCAACGGUUUCUCCGGCACACUAUGUGAUGAAGAAUGUCUUUGUCCAGACGGGUCACCAUGCCAGUCUGAUGGUUCUUGUGCGUGUAAACCAGGCUGGACUGGACCAAGAUGUCACCAACCAUGUCCUCUUGGUACGUUCGGAACUGGGUGUUCACAGGAAUGCCUAUGUCAAAACGGAGCACACUGUAAUCAGACAGAUGGAACCUGCACUUGUUCAUCAGGUUGGAUGGGGGAAGUCUGUGAUGUUGGAUGUCAGGAAGGGUUUUAUGGACUUGACUGCAGAGCUGUGUGUUCUUGCGUGAACGGUGCGAAUUGUAGCCACACCAGUGGUUCAUGCUUUUGUGCACCAGGCUGGAUUGGAGAGACAUGUUCUGAGAUGUGUCCAGAAAACUUCUUUGGCGAAGGUUGUCGAACGGAUUGCCUGUGCCAGAACGGAGCACAUUGCCAUCAUAAGGAUGGUCACUGCGAUUGCAGUCCUGGGUGGACGGGUGAUCUCUGCGAUGAAAGAUGUCCACAAGGUUCAUACGGAAUGAACUGUGAAUAUGGAUGCUUGUGUGAAAAUGGAGCUGAAUGCAAUCAUGUCGACGGCACUUGUUCAUGCCUGGCUGGCUGGCGAGGACAAUUCUGUACGGAUACCUGUGCGGAUGGUACCUUCGGAUUGAACUGUGAGAAUGAAUGUCAGUGUCUUAACGAUGGCGCAUGUGACCCUGUUUCCGGGUCAUGCAGCUGCCAACCUGGAUGGACUGGGGACUUGUGUACUGAGGUUUGCCCGACAGACACCUAUGGAUUAGGAUGUACUGUGGAAUGCAGAUGUCAAAAUGGAGGCACCUGUUUUCAUGUGGAUGGAUCAUGCAGGUGUGGUAAAGGUUUUAUUGGAGAAACAUGUGAACAAGAAUGUCCAGAAGGGUUCUAUGGGCUUGAAUGCUCACAACAGUGCCAAUGUGAAAAUGGAGGAACAUGCAACCACAUAGAUGGCUCAUGCACGUGUACUGCUGGUUGGAUAGGACUAGAUUGCAAAUCCCCUUGUGGAGACAGCUCCUUUGGUCUACAAUGCCGGGAAGUUUGCGCCUGUCGAAACAAUGCUUCGUGCAACCAUAUCGAUGGGAGUUGUUUAUGCCAACCAGGAUGGAUAGGAGAUUUGUGUGAAAACAGAUGUCCAGAGGGACGUUACGGCAAUGCUUGUAUGCUUCUUUGUGGUUGCACAAGUGGUGGAUUGUGUGACCAUGUUGAUGGUUCAUGUAAUUGUUUUCCAGGUUGGACUGGCAUGGCAUGCAGUGCACGUUGCCAGGAUGGAUUUUUCGGACAAGACUGCCGACAGUUAUGUCAAUGCCAGAAUGAUGGCACAUGCGAUCACAUCGAUGGAAUAUGCACUUGUAAAUCUGGAUGGACUGGGGAAGUGUGUGCUGAAAAGUGUCCAGUAGGAUCUUAUGGGAACGAAUGCCUGCAACAGUGCCAGUGUGUUAAUAGAGGAACUUGUCAUCAUGUUAGUGGAGCUUGUUCCUGUGCUCCAGGAUGGCAAGGUGUCACUUGUGCUGAGCCCUGCAACGAAAACUUCUAUGGACAAGACUGCCAGGAGCGCUGUCAGUGCCAGAAUGGUGCCACAUGUGAUAAUCUAGAUGGGUCCUGCCUUUGCGGACCUGGAUGGAUCGGGGAGUUCUGUGAACAAGCGUGCCCUUUUGGACUUUUCGGAUCUGGUUGUUUACAACAGUGUCGAUGUGCAAAUGGUGGAAGUUGCAGUAACAUUGAUGGGUCUUGUUCUUGUUCUCCGGGUUGGACUGGACAGCUUUGUAAUGAGAGAUGCAGAGAAGGAUUCUUUGGUCAUGGAUGUCAUGAAAUAUGUCAAUGCCAGAAUGAUGGUACAUGCGAUUACAUCGAUGGUUCAUGUACUUGUAAACCGGGAUGGACUGGACCAAGAUGUCACCAACCAUGUCCUCUUGGUACGUUCGGAACUGGGUGUUCACAGGAAUGCCUAUGUCAAAACGGAGCACACUGUAAUCAGACAGAUGGAACCUGCACUUGUUCAUCAGGUUGGAUGGGGGAAGUCUGUGAUGUUGGAUGUCAGGAAGGGUUUUAUGGACUUGACUGCAGAGCUGUGUGUUCUUGCGUGAACGGUGCGAAUUGUAGCCACACCAGUGGUUCAUGCUUUUGUGCACCAGGCUGGAUUGGAGAGACAUGUUCUGAGAUGUGUCCAGAAAACUUCUUUGGCGAAGGUUGUCGAACGGAUUGCCUGUGCCAGAACGGAGCACAUUGCCAUCAUAAGGAUGGUCACUGCGAUUGCAGUCCUGGGUGGACGGGUGAUCUCUGCGAUGAAAGAUGUCCACAAGGUUCAUACGGAAUGAACUGUGAAUAUGGAUGCUUGUGUGAAAAUGGAGCUGAAUGCAAUCAUGUCGACGGCACUUGUUCAUGCCUGGCUGGCUGGCGAGGACAAUUCUGUACGGAUACCUGUGCGGAUGGUACCUUCGGAUUGAACUGUGAGAAUGAAUGUCAGUGUCUUAACGAUGGCGCAUGUGACCCUGUUUCCGGGUCAUGCAGCUGCCAACCUGGAUGGACUGGGGACUUGUGUACUGAGGUUUGCCCGACAGACACCUAUGGAUUAGGAUGUACUGUGGAAUGCAGAUGUCAAAAUGGAGGCACCUGUUUUCAUGUGGAUGGAUCAUGCAGGUGUGGUAAAGGUUUUAUUGGAGAAACAUGUGAACAAGAAUGUCCAGAAGGGUUCUAUGGGCUUAAAUGCUCACAACAGUGCCAAUGUGAAAAUGGAGGAACAUGCAACCACAUAGAUGGCUCAUGCACGUGUACUGCUGGUUGGAUAGGACUAGAUUGCAAAUCCCCUUGUGGAGACAGCUCCUUUGGUCUACAAUGCCGGGAAGUUUGCGCCUGUCGAAACAAUGCUUCGUGCAACCAUAUCGAUGGGAGUUGUUUAUGCCAACCAGGAUGGAUAGGAGAUUUGUGUGAAAACAGAUGUCCAGAGGGACGUUACGGCAAUGCUUGUAUGCUUCUUUGUGGUUGCACAAGUGGUGGAUUGUGUGACCAUGUUGAUGGUUCAUGUAAUUGUUUUCCAGGUUGGACUGGCAUGGCAUGCAGUGCACGUUGCCAGGAUGGAUUUUUCGGACAAGACUGCCGACAGUUAUGUCAAUGCCAGAAUGAUGGCACAUGCGAUCACAUCGAUGGAAUAUGCACUUGUAAAUCUGGAUGGACUGGGGAAGUGUGUGCUGAAAAGUGUCCAGUAGGAUCUUAUGGGAACGAAUGCCUGCAACAGUGCCAGUGUGUUAAUAGAGGAACUUGUCAUCAUGUUAGUGGAGCUUGUUCCUGUGCUCCAGGAUGGCAAGGUGUCACUUGUGCUGAGCCCUGCAACGAAAACUUCUAUGGACAAGACUGCCAGGAGCGCUGUCAGUGCCAGAAUGGUGCCACAUGUGAUAAUCUAGAUGGGUCCUGCCUUUGCGGACCUGGAUGGAUCGGGGAGUUCUGUGAACAAGCGUGCCCUUUUGGACUUUUCGGAUCUGGUUGUUUACAACAGUGUCGAUGUGCAAAUGGUGGAAGUUGCAGUAACAUUGAUGGGUCUUGUUCUUGUUCUCCGGGUUGGACUGGACAGCUUUGUAAUGAGAGAUGCAGAGAAGGAUUCUUUGGUCAUGGAUGUCAUGAAAUAUGUCAAUGCCAGAAUGAUGGUACAUGCGAUUACAUCGAUGGUUCAUGUACUUGUAAACCGGGAUGGACUGGACCAAGAUGUCACCAACCAUGUCCUCUUGGUACGUUCGGAACUGGGUGUUCACAGGAAUGCCUAUGUCAAAACGGAGCACACUGUAAUCAGACAGAUGGAACCUGCACUUGUUCAUCAGGUUGGAUGGGGGAAGUCUGUGAUGUUGGAUGUCAGGAAGGGUUUUAUGGACUUGACUGCAGAGCUGUGUGUUCUUGCGUGAACGGUGCGAAUUGUAGCCACACCAGUGGUUCAUGCUUUUGUGCACCAGGCUGGAUUGGAGAGACAUGUUCUGAGAUGUGUCCAGAAAACUUCUUUGGCGAAGGUUGUCGAACGGAUUGCCUGUGCCAGAACGGAGCACAUUGCCAUCAUAAGGAUGGUCACUGCGAUUGCAGUCCUGGGUGGACGGGUGAUCUCUGCGAUGAAAGAUGUCCACAAGGUUCAUACGGAAUGAACUGUGAAUAUGGAUGCUUGUGUGAAAAUGGAGCUGAAUGCAAUCAUGUCGACGGCACUUGUUCAUGCCUGGCUGGCUGGCGAGGACAAUUCUGUACGGAUACCUGUGCGGAUGGUACCUUCGGAUUGAACUGUGAGAAUGAAUGUCAGUGUCUUAACGAUGGCGCAUGUGACCCUGUUUUCGGAUCAUGCAGCUGCCAACCUGGAUGGACUGGGGACUUGUGUACUGAGGUUUGCCCGACAGACACCUAUGGAUUAGGAUGUACUGUGGAAUGUAGAUGUCAAAAUGGAGGCACCUGUUUUCAUGUGGAUGGAUCAUGCAGGUGUGGUAAAGGUUUUAUUGGAGAAACAUGUGAACAAGAAUGUCCAGAAGGGUUCUAUGGGCUUGAAUGCUCACAACAGUGCCAAUGUGAAAAUGGAGGAACAUGCAACCACAUAGAUGGCUCAUGCACGUGUACUGCUGGUUGGAUAGGACUAGAUUGCAAAUCCCCUUGUGGAGACAGCUCCUUUGGUCUACAAUGCCGGGAAGUUUGCGCCUGUCGAAACAAUGCUUCGUGCAACCAUAUCGAUGGGAGUUGUUUAUGCCAACCAGGAUGGAUAGGAGAUUUGUGUGAAAACAGAUGUCCAGAGGGACGUUACGGCAAUGCUUGUAUGCUUCUUUGUGGUUGCACAAGUGGUGGAUUGUGUGACCAUGUUGAUGGUUCAUGUAAUUGUUUUCCAGGUUGGACUGGCAUGGCAUGCAGUGCACGUUGCCAGGAUGGAUUUUUCGGACAAGACUGCCGACAGUUAUGUCAAUGCCAGAAUGAUGGCACAUGCGAUCACAUCGAUGGAAUAUGCACUUGUAAAUCUGGAUGGACUGGGGAAGUGUGUGCUGAAAAGUGUCCAGUAGGAUCUUAUGGGAACGAAUGCCUGCAACAGUGCCAGUGUGUUAAUAGAGGAACUUGUCAUCAUGUUAGUGGAGCUUGUUCCUGUGCUCCAGGAUGGCAAGGUGUCACUUGUGCUGAGCCCUGCAACGAAAACUUCUAUGGACAAGACUGCCAGGAGCGCUGUCAGUGCCAGAAUGGUGCCACAUGUGAUAAUCUAGAUGGGUCCUGCCUUUGCGGACCUGGAUGGAUCGGGGAGUUCUGUGAACAAGCGUGCCCUUUUGGACUUUUCGGAUCUGGUUGUUUACAACAGUGUCGAUGUGCAAAUGGUGGAAGUUGCAGUAACAUUGAUGGGUCUUGUUCUUGUUCUCCGGGUUGGACUGGACAGCUUUGUAAUGAGAGAUGCAGAGAAGGAUUCUUUGGUCAUGGAUGUCAUGAAAUAUGUCAAUGCCAGAAUGAUGGUACAUGCGAUUACAUCGAUGGUUCAUGUACUUGUAAACCGGGAUGGACUGGACCAAGAUGUCACCAACCAUGUCCUCUUGGUACGUUCGGAACUGGGUGUUCACAGGAAUGCCUAUGUCAAAACGGAGCACACUGUAAUCAGACAGAUGGAACCUGCACUUGUUCAUCAGGUUGGAUGGGGGAAGUCUGUGAUGUUGGAUGUCAGGAAGGGUUUUAUGGACUUGACUGCAGAGCUGUGUGUUCUUGCGUGAACGGUGCGAAUUGUAGCCACACCAGUGGUUCAUGCUUUUGUGCACCAGGCUGGAUUGGAGAGACAUGUUCUGAGAUGUGUCCAGAAAACUUCUUUGGCGAAGGUUGUCGAACGGAUUGCCUGUGCCAGAACGGAGCACAUUGCCAUCAUAAGGAUGGUCACUGCGAUUGCAGUCCUGGGUGGACGGGUGAUCUCUGCGAUGAAAGAUGUCCACAAGGUUCAUACGGAAUGAACUGUGAAUAUGGAUGCUUGUGUGAAAAUGGAGCUGAAUGCAAUCAUGUCGACGGCACUUGUUCAUGCCUGGCUGGCUGGCGAGGACAAUUCUGUACGGAUACCUGUGCGGAUGGUACCUUCGGAUUGAACUGUGAGAAUGAAUGUCAGUGUCUUAACGAUGGCGCAUGUGACCCUGUUUCCGGGUCAUGCAGCUGCCAACCUGGAUGGACUGGGGACUUGUGUACUGAGGUUUGCCCGACAGACACCUAUGGAUUAGGAUGUACUGUGGAAUGCAGAUGUCAAAAUGGAGGCACCUGUUUUCAUGUGGAUGGAUCAUGCAGGUGUGGUAAAGGUUUUAUUGGAGAAACAUGUGAACAAGAAUGUCCAGAAGGGUUCUAUGGGCUUAAAUGCUCACAACAGUGCCAAUGUGAAAAUGGAGGAACAUGCAACCACAUAGAUGGCUCAUGCACGUGUACUGCUGGUUGGAUAGGACUAGAUUGCAAAUCCCCUUGUGGAGACAGCUCCUUUGGUCUACAAUGCCGGGAAGUUUGCGCCUGUCGAAACAAUGCUUCGUGCAACCAUAUCGAUGGGAGUUGUUUAUGCCAACCAGGAUGGAUAGGAGAUUUGUGUGAAAACAGAUGUCCAGAGGGACGUUACGGCAAUGCUUGUAUGCUUCUUUGUGGUUGCACAAGUGGUGGAUUGUGUGACCAUGUUGAUGGUUCAUGUAAUUGUUUUCCAGGUUGGACUGGCAUGGCAUGCAGUGCACGUUGCCAGGAUGGAUUUUUCGGACAAGACUGCCGACAGUUAUGUCAAUGCCAGAAUGAUGGCACAUGCGAUCACAUCGAUGGAAUAUGCACUUGUAAAUCUGGAUGGACUGGGGAAGUGUGUGCUGAAAAGUGUCCAGUAGGAUCUUAUGGGAACGAAUGCCUGCAACAGUGCCAGUGUGUUAAUAGAGGAACUUGUCAUCAUGUUAGUGGAGCUUGUUCCUGUGCUCCAGGAUGGCAAGGUGUCACUUGUGCUGAGCCCUGCAACGAAAACUUCUAUGGACAAGACUGCCAGGAGCGCUGUCAGUGCCAGAAUGGUGCCACAUGUGAUAAUCUAGAUGGGUCCUGCCUUUGCGGACCUGGAUGGAUCGGGGAGUUCUGUGAACAAGCGUGCCCUUUUGGACUUUUCGGAUCUGGUUGUUUACAACAGUGUCGAUGUGCAAAUGGUGGAAGUUGCAGUAACAUUGAUGGGUCUUGUUCUUGUUCUCCGGGUUGGACUGGACAGCUUUGUAAUGAGAGAUGCAGAGAAGGAUUCUUUGGUCAUGGAUGUCAUGAAAUAUGUCAAUGCCAGAAUGAUGGUACAUGCGAUUACAUCGAUGGUUCAUGUACUUGUAAACCGGGAUGGACUGGACCAAGAUGUCACCAACCAUGUCCUCUUGGUACGUUCGGAACUGGGUGUUCACAGGAAUGCCUAUGUCAAAACGGAGCACACUGUAAUCAGACAGAUGGAACCUGCACUUGUUCAUCAGGUUGGAUGGGGGAAGUCUGUGAUGUUGGAUGUCAGGAAGGGUUUUAUGGACUUGACUGCAGAGCUGUGUGUUCUUGCGUGAACGGUGCGAAUUGUAGCCACACCAGUGGUUCAUGCUUUUGUGCACCAGGCUGGAUUGGAGAGACAUGUUCUGAGAUGUGUCCAGAAAACUUCUUUGGCGAAGGUUGUCGAACGGAUUGCCUGUGCCAGAACGGAGCACAUUGCCAUCAUAAGGAUGGUCACUGCGAUUGCAGUCCUGGGUGGACGGGUGAUCUCUGCGAUGAAAGAUGUCCACAAGGUUCAUACGGAAUGAACUGUGAAUAUGGAUGCUUGUGUGAAAAUGGAGCUGAAUGCAAUCAUGUCGACGGCACUUGUUCAUGCCUGGCUGGCUGGCGAGGACAAUUCUGUACGGAUACCUGUGCGGAUGGUACCUUCGGAUUGAACUGUGAGAAUGAAUGUCAGUGUCUUAACGAUGGCGCAUGUGACCCUGUUUUCGGAUCAUGCAGCUGCCAACCUGGAUGGACUGGGGACUUGUGUACUGAGGUUGGACUGGCAUGGCAUGCAGUGCACGUUGCCAGGAUGGAUUUUUCGGACAAGACUGCCGACAGUUAUGUCAAUGCCAGAAUGAUGGCACAUGCGAUCACAUCGAUGGAAUAUGCACUUGUAAAUCUGGAUGGACUGGGGAAGUGUGUGCUGAAAAGUGUCCAGUAG